AUGUGGACACCGGUGACCUUGAUAGCAGUCCUAGUGUGUCUUUUGACAUUGCGCUUCCUGAAUCAACUGUGGGCUCACAGGAACUAUCCUCCAGGGCCUCUCCGGCUUCCUAUCAUUGGAGGUGCAUGGCGGAUAUUAAUAAACUUCUCUCAGGAUUCCUUCAUGAAGCUGGCCAAGCAAUAUGGAAACGUUUACACCUUAUGGGCAGGGAAUUUGCCUGUGGUGGUAUUGUCUGGAUUCGAGGCUGUGAAAGAAGGUGUGAUCAACCAUUCAGAAUAUUUUAAUGAGCGACCGGUGACUCCUUUCUUCAAAGCUUUAGCAAAUGAAACAGGUAUUAUGUUUUCAAAUGGUUACACUUGGAAGCAACAGAGGAAGUUUGGCCUCGUUACCAUGCGAAAGCUAGGACUGGGGAAGAAAAGCAUAGAGUACCAAAUACAAGAAGAGGCCUCUCAGCUUGUUGAUGCUUUUGCAAAUACAAAAGGACAGCCAUUUGACCCUACGUUACUCAUCACCAAUUCCGUCACCAAUGUGAUCUGUUUCCUGAAUUUUGGUCAGCGGUUUUCUAUUGGUGAUGAGGACUUUCUCAAGCUGAGAAAUGCUUUAUUCCAGAUUUUGCAAUCUACAGCAACCUUGUUCCAUUUUUUGUAUGACACCUUUCCAUGGCUCAUGAAACAUCUUCCAGGACCUCACAAGAAGGUUUUGGAAAACCGUGAUCAUGUAGCUUCCUUUGUAAGCAAGGAGAUAGAAAAGCAUAAGGUGCAUCAGUCACUGCAUGAACCACAAGACUUCAUCGAUUACUAUCUGCUUCAGAUGAUGAAAAGCAAGAGGGAUCCCAACUCUACCUACAAUGAAGAGAACCUCAUCAAUUCCGUUAUUGACUUGUUCACCGCAGGGACAGAAAGCACCACCACCACACUUCUCUGGGGGCUGCUCCUAAUGACAAAUUAUCGAGAUAUUCAAGGGAAAGUUCAAAAGGAGAUCGAUGACAUUUUGGGUUCCUCUCAAUCAUUUUCUUACCAAGAUCAGAAGAAACUGCCCUACACCAAUGCUGUAAUUCAUGAGAUCCAACGUUAUCAAUAUAUCUUAUUGUUUGGAGUCCCAAGACAAUGUUCAAAGGAAGUGAAUAUGUUUGGUUUUUGCAUUCCAAAGGGAGCCACUGUUAUUGCAGAUCUUCGGUCUGUUCUUCUUGAUCCAAAUCAGUGGAAGACGCCUCACAUGUUCAACCCAAAUCAUUUUUUGGACCAGCAUGGACAUUUUGUGGAGAGAGAAGCAUUUCUGCCAUUUGGAGCAGGGGCCCGUGUCUGUCUGGGGGAGCAGCUAGCAAGGAUCGAACUCUUCAUCUUCUUUGUCAGACUGCUGAGGGCAUUCACCUUUCAACCACCAGAAGGAGUGAAAAAAAUCCAAGAAAAGGUUGUAGUGCGAAUGACUACCCCUCCCUGUCCUUAUAAGGUCUGUGCUAUUCCCCGCAGCAAUGGAUCAUAAACCAUAGAUUAUCUAGAGGAGGUAAUUUGUUCCUAUCCAUUUGACUCUCAUUCACUGAAACAUGAUCUAACACUGUCCUAACCCCCGCUGAAGCCCAUUCAUGCCACCUUUUAGCUGCACCAUUUGAUUAGAGCUGUUUGGAGAAUGAAUUCAGACAGAGCUAAGGUAAUGCUUAUUGCUUGCUU